AUGUUUCCUUCCGCGGGGCUUUUCGCCGAUAUAAACUGUCCCUUCGCUCAACGUGGGCUGUGUGAGAGACCUCACUGUUCAUACAAACACACCUCAAAGCUGUGGGACACGUUUGGCAGCUUGAACAAAUCCACCGUUGUGGAUUUAACAGGAGAGCGUUCUCAUGGUCCACACGCUUCCUAUGGAGCACCGGGAAACGAGACGGCAGGCACCUGCCUGCAUGAGCUGGAGCGCAUCAACAAGGAGAUUGAGACCGUCAGGCACGAAGUGGAGCGGGAGCAAAGGCGGCUUUCCUCCUACCAGACUGUUCAGGCAGAAAGCAAAAGCAAUGCAGCUCCUUCAAGGUGUGCUUCUUAUGAAUCGCACUCGAGUGCAGAUCACAAAGCCCUCCCGCGACCGAGGAAGUAUGUGGUCGACAGCUCGCGACCAAGGACUGAUUUAGAGUACGACCCUAUGUCCAACUUUUCUGCUGCAUUGCAGUCGUAUAGCUCAUCGGCCAAGGAGAAGAGAGUUAAAAACCGACAAGACUUGAAGAAAUCAACGCCUGAUCAGAAGGAACCAGCUACUCGGCAGGCCCACGUUUCUCAGUCGCCGUUUCCAGUACCAUUAGAUGACUCUAAUGAAGACGGUGUGCUGAUUAUUGAUUAUCUUUCUCUUCCUGAGAAAAUAAGUGGUCAACUCCAGAAACCUGUUGAUUCUGUCGGGGGAAAAUUCUCACAGGAUUCUGCACCGCUGAACCUAAGAAAGGCCAAGGCGCUUUGUGACACCGGUUCAUCUAGUUUAAGAGAGAAGAAAAACGAUAUCCCUGAGCCAACAAGUCUUCCUGUCGCCACAGACCAGCGGGAUCACCACUGGGAAAGUCCUCAGCAGGAGCCGCUGGGCAGUGAGCACAAAAUGAAAGGACUUGAUUCACUUUUUCGUAAGGUUGAAUAUACUGAUUCUCCACCCAGACAACAUGCUCAGAAAGGCCCGACUGCAGAACAGAGCAGGCUCGAUGACAAAUGGCCAAGGCAGAGUGGACCAUCAGUUGUGCAAGAGGGACAGAAAAUCUCAAGCACGAAGCCAGUUCAAAUGCACGGGAAAUCUACCAUGUCCCACCUCUCGUCUGUGAGACGCCAGGAGCAAGCAGGGGCAGCUCCAACUCAAGAUGUUUCCUCUGUAAAGCCACAUUUGAAUACCAGAGCUGAGCCCAAUGUGCAGCUUCAGAAGGCAGAUCCUGAACCAGUUAUAAUCAUCAGCUCCAGUCCGGAUGAGGACGACGAAGAGGAAGAGGAGGAAGAGGAAGAGGAGGAAGACAUCGGCUAUUUAGAACUAGAUUUGUCAGACAGUGACCCAAUGGAGGAAUGUUACAGGAUCUUUAUGGAGGCCAACGAUGAGGACAAGGAAGACGAGGAGGAUCCCGACACAUCGACUGGAUUUCCUAUGGAGACGGAGAAGCCAGAGAUGGAAGUGACACUCCAAGCGGUGCCGGGGAAGAAGAGGGUGGCUCAUGAAGCCAAAAACACAGAGCAGCCACUGGCUAAGGUCAGGCCUCAGCCCCAGGUUUUGGUUCCUCUCAGAGAGCCAGGAGUGUCAGGGUUUGGUUUGCGGCCUUCAUUCAGUUCUAAGGUCCAGCAAGUACAGCAGAGAGCCUCCACGCUAACUUCUUCAGUCAAAGCUGCUCAGGCGUUUACUUCCUCCAACAGCCAGAAGAAACUUGAGUUGCCGAGUUCAUCUGCUACUCCGACCCUGAUUCCUGAAAACCUGCAGCUUGCCACUGUACAAAACGGUUGUUUGAACUACAUUCCUGUGGGGACUACUGUUGUCGAAGUGGGAAACGGCUUGCACCUGAUUCUCCCUCAGGGUGCCUUCCCUCUCUCAGUCGCGUCGUCCACUUCCAGCCCGGUCACCUCGGUGUUAACGCCGGUGAGUCAAGUGCAGCCCAGCGCCGUCACGGCCAAAGAAACGUACCAUCCACCCGGGGUGACUGCCGUCCAGAGAUUCCGCUCGACGGCACCUCUGCUCAUCGACGCUCCGCCACGUCGGCCUCCGCUCAACUCUGCCCUCGCAUCCACAUCUUUACAUUCGCUGGUCUCUUCCGCAACACACAAUGCCGCCGUCAAGGCAGCUACUAAGCCGGCGCCUUCCAAACGUAAACUGAAGCAGCAGCAGUGUGAGGCGGCAAAAGAAAAGGUACCCCAUAACGUCCGUCAGCGUUAUGUUAACAUCUUCACAGAGGAGUUCCUGAAAACAACACCCAAUGUUAAUGAUGCCUUUCAGAAGGCACUUGCUGAAGAAAAAACUGUGUACAGCCGUAGUGUAAAUAAACUCAAAUACCUGAGCAUUGCUGUGAAUGCGCUCAAGAGGCUGAAGAACCAGAGUACUUCUACUGCAAAGAGUGAAAAAGGAGUCAGCAGCCAGAGACUAAGAGGAAACAUCCCACUCGACCUAAAUAUGUUGAAAGGAAAUGACGAUGCAGCGUUCUAUGAAAGUCUGAAGGAUCAUCUUCUGAGUGACGACAGAAUGAUUGAGAGCAAUUAUCCUGUCCAGCACCCGGAGAAACGCGGUUGUGCUGUUCUGUUCGCCGAUAAGAAAGUGAACACAGACCCCCUCAAGAGAAUCUGCUGUCGCUGCGGGGCUACGUACUCUGUGAGUGUAACUGGCAAACACAUCCGUAAAGAGGAGUGCAACUACCAUUCUGGGAAAGGAGUUGAAAGCAGAGUACCAGGUGGAGUGGAGACCCGCUACAGCUGCUGUCAGGGGGUCAUGGGAGCUCCUGGAUGUCAGUUGUUUAAGUUGCAUGUUCAUGAUCAUCUCAGCCUGGAUGGGUUCGUGUCUACUGCCCUAAGGUGUCACACGGAUGGAAGCUGUCCUGGGGUUUACUCAUUAAACUGUGAAAUGUGUUACACUGUGAAAGGUCUGGAGCUGUCCAGAGUGACGGUGGUCAGUUCAGAUCUUCAAGUCAUUUACGACACCUUCGUCAGAGCUGAUAAGGAAGUCAUUGACUAUAAUACCAGGUUUUCAGGCAUCAGUGAGAAGGAUGUAAAGGGAACCCACAGCUCCCUCAGAGAGGUUCAAGACACAUUGUUGAGUUUCAUCAGCGCAGAUACGAUUCUUGUGGGACAUGGCCUAGAAAUGGACCUCUGUUUACUGAAGUUGCUUCAUGGGAUGGUGGUGGACACCUCGGUGGUCUUCCCUCAUCGCCUGGGCCCCCCUCACAAGUUGAGCCUCAACAACCUCACUGCUGAAUACCUCAGGAGGAUCAUCCAGGAGAGUGUUUGUGGUCAUGACACUGCAGAGGACGCGGCUGCCUGCAUGGAGCUCAUGCUGUGGAGGAUAAAAGAAGAUGGAAAAUGGAGAAAAUGAAGAGGAAUUCUCUUCACACAAAAAUAUGAUGCAUACAUGAAAGUUGAAGUUGAAACAAAGGGGCUUAUUGUUGUAUUUACUUUGUUACCUCACUGUUUGUUAUACUUUUCUGAAAGUGAAAUAUAGUU